ACACGCAUCCCGUCCACGACGACGAAGAGCGUCGACACGCGGCCACGACAUGCAGCAACGAGGAACGGCAGGACCAAAGCUGCGCCUGCGGACAAGGCAAAGGCGGGCGGGAGUGGUAAGGCAAAGGCGAGCGAUCCAGCCGAAAAGCUCAGAGUUUUGCUCCACGAGCCGAAGAGCGCAUUGACGAAGUUAGACAUGAGCGACGUUAUCAAUGCCGAUACAUGGAACGCGCUGUCCUCAGCGUCUCAUGCGCGCCUCGUCUCCCUAUUUCCUCCGACCGCCUUUAGGGGGUUCCAGCUGAGCUUGGACCCGACACACCCAUUUCGACGCUGGCAGGACGAGCAGCACGUACGCACCCCACCCUCCUCCCGGCCUCCCUCGCCUUCAUUCCCAUCUCGGCUCCAGGAUCUCGACCUCGGCUGCUUCAAAGAUGGGCACUUCCUCUCCGCCAUGCAGACCUUCCAAGAUCACCUCUACACGGGCUGGAUGACGGAUGCGCACAAGGAGAUGGUAGAAUUUUAUAAAUCGGGGAUUGAGAACGGGACGCUGCAUGCGUCAUGGAAAGACGAAGCUUGGGAAGGGGACGAGCUAGACGAGGAAGAUGUGGUCGCUGCCGCACCCGCUGCCGCCCGCGCCCAAAUGCCGGCAUCAAAAGUUCGUACAGGAGCUCCAAAGGAAUUGAGACUACUAGAUCUCGUGAAACGGCAUAUCGUGCAAGCCGGCGACGUGCUGGUCUACAGACGACACUUUGUGCAGGCGGGCAUAACAAUCGAAAAAGACGUCCUGAUCGAAGUCGUCCGCCCCAAGUCACUCGUCGUUUUACUCCCAUCCGGGACCACGAGCUCGCUCCCCGCGCACAUCCUCGCGCAUGGCUCGGAUAUGAACGUCGACGGCGAGUCACUCCGCUCGGCAGAAAUCACGAGUCCGAGCCACCUUGAAAGCACCAUCCUCGACCUCGACGGGCGCGUCGAGCGCGGGCAGCGACCCAACUCGAACGCGUGGAAGUCUCUGGUCGUAUGGCGAUGGCGGGAAGACGGGUUCGAGGCCGGCGAGAAGAGAGGAGGCAGGGAGAAGCGGAACACGCUGUUCUAUCUGCGGAGCUGCAGCUACUACGACAUAUGA